AUGUUACGUGCUUCGAGUGUAAAGCAGUUCGCCAUCUUCAUGAUCCGCAAAUUCAACAAUGUGCACACAUGUUCCAUAGAUUAUCGUCGUAAUGCACAUCGACAUACCACUAGUUCCGUAAUUGCUAAGCAGAUUAUAGGAAAAUUGGAUAAUCUGUACGGAUCGUAUGAUCCUACCGCUAUUGCUCGUGACAUGGAACGUGAGUUUGGUGUGAAAAUUAGUUACCAUCAAGCACGUAGGGGAAAAGUCGUUGCUUUAUAUAUGCUACAUGGUAGACCGGCUUUCGGUGCAAGCAUUUGGGGUUACCUGCACUACAUGAGGCCCAUUUUUUGUGUUGAUGGCAGUCACUUGAAAGGUCCGUACAAAAGUACCCUUCUACUGGCAACUGCCCAAGACGUCAUCAAACAGAUUUAUCCGUUAGCGUGGGGAAUUGUUGAUGCUGAAAUGAAUAGAUCGUGGAUGUGGUUUUUAUCAAAUUUGAAAGAUCUUAUAGGUGACUCGGACGAAUUGGUGUUUGUUUCGGACAGGAAAAAUAGUAUUGAAAAUGUCAUUGCCCACCUAUUUCCUUGGGCUCACCAUGGGUGCUGUGUUUGGCAUAUGGAAAAAAAUUUAAUCCAGCGGUAUAACAACAUAAGUUCAAUAUUUCUUUUCAAAAGAGCCGCAAGAACAUACCGGACCGAAGAGUUUGAAAGACUUAUGGGACAAUUUCAUAGGGUUAGUGCAACAACGUACCGAUACUUGGAGCAAGCAGGUUUGCCAUUUUGGUCACGUGCACUAUUUGUUGGCCAAUGGUACAACAUUUUGACCAACAACAACGAAGAAUCUUUGAACUCAAUGUUGAGACAUGCCCGUUUGUUACCGAUCACAUGCUUAGUGGAACACAUUCGACAUACUAUGCAGAAGUGGUUUUAUGAACGUCGAGCAAGUGCAACUGCAUGCAGUACCGUUCUGUCACCAACGAUGGAGAAUGAGUUACGGACGACGUUCGAAGCAGGUACUAGGCUGUGA